AAAACCCCCAAUGCUACGUCCUUUUACUCCGGAAUUGAGCUGUACCCAAGAGCCACGUCAGUUGAUAAUCCCCUGUCUUAUUGGUCAGUCUGCGACUCUGCGCAUGAUGAUACCGACAAAAAAAGAGGCAUUGACCCCGCAUCUCCCCUGGACAGUGAUAUUAUACUUCUGCCUCUUUUCUUGUCGUAAUCUUCAGCUGCUUAUUGUUCGCGGCAUUGCAAUCUUGUUCGGCUCAUUAGGCAAACCAUUGACUAAUUGGAAAACUGCCUAACUCCAAAGUCUGCCAAAAGAAAAAAAAAUCUUUAAAGAAAAUGUUCACAUAAGCUUUGGUCAGGCUACAAAUAGUGUAACUAAAGUCUCAUGUCGGUCGCGUCUCAAUCAAAGACAGAUCUCCCUUCCGACCUUGCAGCCUCAAGCACAACAGAAGGGCCGUCGGGGUUGUCGAGCCGGACCACUGUGAGCCUGGAAGCCGCAGCUCCUCUUGUUAGCCGAUGGAGCCCGGACACGUCUAGUGUUGCGACUAGCUCCUUAACUGGCGCUGGCGAAGGCCCGUCUGGGACCCAAGCUUCUCGGGGUUCUAUGGCCUCCGCUGGAGGUGCGAGUACAGGUAUUAAUAGCACAUCAGAGGGUGAUGCGACAGAGCCACGAGAGAGCCACGAGAGAGCCACGAGAGGACACUUGAGGCAUUGGAACACGGCGGGCCGCCCAGUCCGGUCGCUGACAGGACUGCGGAGAAUUUUGCGCGGACAAUGCAUCAGAAUGCAGCUUCGGCUCAAGCACUUAGCAGUUCCGGUUCUGCAGCACGGAGCAGAAGAAGACAAGUUUGAUCUGAAAUUUUUAAUAGGCUUGUGAGGGUGAUGCGAAUGAAAAUCCCCCAAAGGAGAACUCUUCAAAUGCCUAUUUCAUUUGAGACUAGGGAGUAGAGAUAUGAUGAGACACGUUCCCUCUUGUAUUCUUUCCAAAGUUAAAUGAAUAGGGA